AUGGCCUACAACCAGUACCAGGGCCAGCCGGCCGGCAACCCGUACCAGGGCAACCCAUACCAGAAUGCCGGCGCCGCCGAGAACGGCUACGGUGCACCGGAACAGCAUGAGCUGCAGCCGUACGGCCAGGCAGACCCUGCAGCAGGCGCGCCCGUCAUGUCGCAGCAGGAGUACCUGACCCAGGUAUCAAACGUGCGCGGCGAGAUCCGUGCCCUGACGACCAGCGUCCAGUCCAUCGCCGGCCUGCAUCAGCGCGCCCUCGGCGGUAACGACCCGAGCGCGGCCCAGCAGCUCGAGCAGCUUGUCUCCCAGACCCAGCUCAAGAACACCCAGAUUCGCAACCAGCUCCGCAUCCUGCAGCGCGACUGCGAGCGCACCUCUGACGGCACCCACGCCCUCAAGAAGCGCCAGUUCGAGACCCUCAACAACGACUUCAAGCGCGAGCUGCAGGGCUACAUGACGGAGGAGAAGCAGUACCGCGAGCGUUACCGCGAGCAGAUCUCCCGCCAGUACCGCAUCGUCAACCCCGACGCGACCGAGGAGGAAGUCAACCAGGCCGCCGAUGCCGACUGGGGCAGCGAGGGCAUUUUCCAGACUGCUCUCCGGACAAAUCGCUCCGGCCAGGCUUCUGCCGUCCUGGGUGCCGUUCGCGCCCGCCACAACGAGCUGCAGCGCAUCGAGCAGUCCAUUGUUGAGCUGAACGGCCUGUUCAACGACCUCGACACGCUCGUCGUCCAGCAGGACCCCAUCUUCGACCAGGUCAACGAACAGACGACCGCAACUGUCGGCAACUUGGAGGGCGCCAACAAGCAGGUUGCCAGUGCUACUGAGCAUGCGCGCAAGCGCCGCAAGCUCAAGUGGUGGUGCUUCCUCGUCGUCGUCCUCAUUAUCCUUGCCAUCGCUUUGGGUGUUGGUCUUGGCAUCGGCAUAUCCAAGAGCAACAAGUGA